CACUAAGACCGGUUUGAUCGUAUAACAUGUGUUUUUUAGAGGAGUCUCUGGAAGGGUCUCCAGCGAGUAGACUACACCCCAAUGUGUGACUGGUUCCCAAGUAUAGCAUUGCAUACAUGAAUGCUCUGGAGUAUGUGUGCAGUGUGUCUGCACAUACCCGGCACCACUAUACCACCACCGUCGUAUCUACGGCCAGCCAUCCGCUUGGUAGUACAGACAGUCACCAAGCCAGCCAGCCAGCCAGCUCACCAAUCAGCUUUUUAUUAGCCUACAGAGAGCACACCUACAGAAGCACACCGGUAUUACAAACGUUCUGCUUUUUAUUGUUAACAAAUACAUUCAGCAGCAGCACGUUGUGUCUCUUCUAUCUCUCUCUCACAUCUCAUGCUUCGUAGCUUCAGUUUCCAGUGAGUCGUAACAGAAGACAAAAACCAUGCAAGCAUAGUUUUAUUGAAUAUCUAUCGCUCUCUCUCUCCCCGUCUGGCUUCACUGUCGUCUGUGUGUGUGGUUUUUUAUACAUGGACUCGAGCACCUAUGAGGAAGUGCGAUUCAAUUUUUUCUUUUCUUUCCCUUUUAUCUCUGACGGACGCAGUCUUCACGUGGGCACCUUCCCUGCACAUAGUCUGGUAAGCGUUGCAUUCUUUGUGCAUGAAAUCGAGUACAUGAUCGAACGCUGCCAAAGCGCAUGGUCUUUUUUAUAAUAUAGUUACACCGUCGCAUUUUAUUCGGCAUUGCCUGUCUGUAUGUCUGGUGCUCGAGCUCCUGUUCACAAAAUGAGAAUCGGUGGACGACGGUCGAACUGACAAAGCUUUUCUUUUUGAGGAUUCGAUUACGGAGUGAUUUGCGUCAUUUGCUUCAUCUGGAUUGUCAAGUCUGACUCCACAGAGGAGAGCUAAGCCGAGGAAGACGAACACCUCGUACCCCAUGCAGGGUCGCUGCACUAGGGAAAACUGCAAGUACUUGCACCCGCCCCCGCACCUCAAGACGCAGCUUGAGAUCAACGGCCGAAACACCCUCGCAACCCAGAAGAUGCUUCAGAACCUCCAGAGCCAACAGCUCCAGCAGGUCGUCGGGAUGACCAACCUUCAGCUCCAACAGUCGCCCAACUCGGCCACGCUGCUGGCUGGCGGACAGGGCCUCCCUGCUGGGCCAGGGAGUAACCAGCUUGUGAUCCCAUCUUCCUCUCCAUACACGGGAAAGGAUACCACCACUGCUGUCUCUGCCGCUUCCAUAUACCACCAGCAUGCGCCCCCUCAAUAUCAGUACAACGGCCUGCAAAUUGUGCCCCAAUCGCCAUACAGCAUACCUGCCAGCGGGCAGGGUCAAGCCCAACAAGUCCAUUCCGGCCAAUCAGCUGCGGACAUCAACGCUAUGUACAGUCCUUAUUUCUUGCCCGUUGCUGUGUCCAUGGGGGGCGGACAGACGAUGUCAGUUGGCGGAACCCAUUCCUCAUCCAACCCCUAUGGCUCGUACUUCAUGCCCUUCCCCAGCCCCAAUAUAGGACAACUCACACCCAGCCAGGCGGCCCAAAUGGGGCUAGCACCGGAAAUGAUGGGGCUACAAACCCAGAUGAUCCCUACCGGUCACUCUGGACAUGGGCUACCUAUGAUGUCAUCGAUGAAGAAGAACGACAAGUUGGAGGUGUGCAGGGAAUACCAGCGGGGCAGCUGCUCUCGGGGUGAGACAGAGUGCAAAUUCGCGCACCCCGACGAGCAUAUCACUGUAGACACCACCGACAACACAGUAACCGUCUGCAUGGACCACGUCAAAGGGCGCUGCUCGCGUGAAAAAUGCAAAUAUUUCCACCCACCGCUACACCUCCAGGCCAAAAUCAAAGCCGCACAACAGCAAGGCAACAACAUGGCCGCCGUGCUUCCGACCACGCCCGAUACACCAAGCCUGAAGCGUCAUCGGGACCCCUCUGACGACGCAUUACUGCAGACUUUAUCGGGGCUGGCUCCUCCUCCCCCAAAGAAGAUCACGGCGGGAGGCCUGGGUCACCACCAAGGAGCGGGUCAUAUGAUGAACUUCUUCUCGCCUUCCCAGUUCCCCUACCACCACCCUCAGCUGGGACCUGCCAUGAUGGCUUCUCAUCAACACACACCAGUAGUGCCAACGCCGUUCCCGGUAAUGCCUUCCAUGGCCCAGCAAGGCCCCGGACAAAGUAUCCCACUCUUCGCCCCCAUGAUGCCUACGCAAGUACAUCCCACCAGACAUCCACAGUCUAACGAGACCAUUCCAGUCUGUAGAGACUUCAAGUCCGGCAGCUGCAAGAGACCAAGUUGCAAGUAUGCGCACGUCACCGAAGAUUAUGUAGAGCUAGUGGACGGGAAGGUCACGUUAUGCCGUGAUGCGGUACGGGGGAAAUGCCUCCGGGCCACCUGCAAGUACUAUCACGCUCCUGCUCAUCCUCCUACUGCUACUACUACGCACGUUACCAUGGCAACCUCUUCCUCUGCAUCUUCUGCUUGCUCCUCCUCCUCCUCAUCAGCAAACGCCUACAUGGCUGGUAGCACGGCAGCCCCUCCUGGCCCCCUCUACAUGGCCUCAAGCACGCUCUCUGGCACCAACAACAGCACAACCGCCGCCGCUGUUGCUACAACAAAUGCUAGUGCUCCUGCUACCGCUGCUGCCGCUGCCGCCAAUGUCUUGCCGCCACAACCACCACUUCAGCCGCAACCUCUCCCUUUCUCAGCGGCUUCGGCUGCUGCCUCCAACCCUUACCUCCACCACCACCACCACCUUCAUCACCAACACCCCGCAUCCACUGUCAUGCCCAUCGCUAUAAGCAAUGGCUACCCGGCACAAGUCUUGCCUUAAAAUAAAUAAAAACACAGAUCAAAAAGAAACGUAGAUGAAGUAGGCUCUGAAAAAGAGUGUAUAUAGCUGUUGAGAGCAUGAUCAAGAAUAGACAAUCACAAUUCUUUUCAUUUAUUUACUUCUUCUCUGACGUUCUACACCUGACAAUUUCGAAUUCUGGAAACCAAUUUCCUUGUUCUUUUUAACUAUCCCCAUCUCUAUUUCAAUUUUAAAAACCGUCUUUCUUUGUUUCCCCCAGACUCCUGUUUAUGCCCAUCUCUGUCUUAAUCCCUUGACUACAAUGUAGUUCAUUAUAACUACAGAUGAGUUUGUUGAAUUCAAGAGUAUAUCUUGUAAUCAAAAUUCGAAAUGGAUUUGGUGCCGUGUGAAAAACAACCAAGAUAUUUAAUAGGCUUUCCCCUUCAUUUAUUUCAUUUUUUUAUUCAGAUGAAAAGACUUUUGCCACAAAAUAGAACACCAUAUAAAGAAAUCCUCCCAUGUUUAAUUCAAAUAUAAAACUGCACUUUCUAUAUCCCUCUCAAUUUUUUGAAAAAUUAAAAAGAUAUAGAAACAUUGAUAAUUUAGACUUGUAAACAUCCCUCUUCUGCUUCUUUUUAUGUUACAGAACUAUCCUCUUUACACAUCCCCAAACUACCUGUCACCCACUUUUCUUUCUACAGUCCCACCUGUUGUUUUCCAUGCUAUAUGUUUUCUUUUGCCUGGCAUUAUGUUUAUACAUCUCAUUUACACACCAAUUUGCUCGUAUAUCAUCAUCAUGGCUGCCCAGUGUGUAGAAGGCUUGUCAUAUUAAAGGGGCAUGUAACCUCUUCAAUGUGAUGGUUUAAAGGCUGUAUGUGUGCGCACCUUGGGGGUUGUAUAUGAAGUUGUAGCUUGCUUGUUCAUUUAUAUGUUUGCAUUCAUCCACGUUUCGAAAAAUUGAAAAUGAAAAGCAAACGCACUCAUGCUAGAGUAUAUAGAUCCGUUAUGCAAUCAAAUGUAGCAUCCAUAUGUGAUGAUGUUCGUAUAUAUACUCAAAAUGGCUGGUUGAGAAAUUGCUUUCAUAAACGCUGAAUCUAAGCUUUGAAAUGAAAAACAUGCAUCCGUCUGUUUUCAUGUAGAGAUCCUUAGACCAAUGAAUGUCUGACCUUUAACCCUCCUUGUCUUAUCAUCGAGGGAUGGCAGUUGGUGAUGAAAUGUGCAUGUCAAAUGUUCAAGCUUGCUCCUUUACCCAAGCUUCGUUGGAAGAAAUAUUGCUUAGAAAUGUUAGUCGUAGGGGUACUGGUAUAAGGAAUGUAAUAGAUGCGGUUUUGUGUGGGCUGUUCAAUAACUAAAAGCUUACUUUCAAAUCUGUAAGCACUUGUUAUGCAAAAGUAAACACUGCUGUGUUUGACUUGCAUAGUUAUAAACUCUCCCUCUACAAAAUAAGAAAAUACAGAUUCUUAAAUGGAGGUGUUUGAUAAAGUUCUGCCAAUGAUUUAAUUUGCCAUGUUCUAUAGUUGCCAAGUGAGUAUAAUCCUUGUAAUUAAAUUACAUCUCAUAAUUUGAUAUUGAGUAAUAUCACUGCACUCCCUAAAAGGAGAAUAAAAUCACACACUAAUCACUGAAAUCUUUUCGUACAAUUUUAAAUCAUGUUGUAAAUAAAUCAAGAAAUUGUACAUAAUUGUGUAUCGCUGAUGUUUUCAGCCCUUUGAAUCUUUUCUGUGAAGAUCGAUAAUCACAGAUUAACAGUUCUAGAAAGAUACAACUCAUUACUUGUUGUAAAUAUAUAAUAAACAAGAGAUAAUAUUCUUGAAGAGACUUUCUGUUGUUGAAAAAAAAAUCAGUGUUUAAUCAAUCAUUACAUACCUAUUGUAAUGGAAUUAAUAUGUAUGUUUUCGCUUGCACCUUACUUAACAUGAUGCACAGAAAAAAACUGCUAUUUUUUAUUCACUUUGUAAUUUGUACUUAACAUACACUAAAACUUCAAGGAUCUUGCCAAAAUAAUCCAGUGAAAAUUGUCAAAAAUGUACCAUACUUUUUUUUUAAUGCUGAAUGACCUGAAAUAACGCACUUGCUGCACUAGAGCAAUUUCUUUGCCUUAUGGUAUCCUAGAUGAAACCAGUGAAAAAGAAAAAAAGUACAUAGUGUCGCCCAAUUGUUAAGACUUUGAUCUUCCUUUUGCAAAGUAUUUAUAGCAUAUUGCUUAGAAAAUCACUUUCUGUAUAAAAGGUACAGUACUUAGAUUAAUUAAGAUUAGAAUUAUUGGAGCUUUGUUGUUAGCUAAAUUGCUGUGAAUGUGCAUGACAAACCAUCAGAAAAAGGGCCUUAUAUCUAAUCAAAUUGUUUGAAAAACAAAAGCUUUGCUCAAAGCUAGCAGCUUACGCUUGAACGUAUACACCAGUAGUUCUAAUCUUGUUGAAUGACUUUUGCUUUGCUUUGAAAUAAAAAAUGAAAGAGGAUUUCAAACGAAAGAAGCUUUUCAAUAAAAAUAAAGCUUUUCAUAACCAUUUUCCUUCUUUUGCUUUUAGUUCCAUUUUAAUCCCACAACGGAGGCAUUUCCCCAUCUCCCAAAAGUAGACAAAUUCUGUUUGCUCUCAUUUUUUUUUCCAUUUGAAUUUUCUCUUCACAGUUCCCUAAAUAUUCCAGGAAGUCCUGAUUUAUCCCUCUAUUUUUUUUCCAGGAAGAGAACAAACUUUGAAUCACAAUGUUGCAUUUUCAAGUUUUGGUUUUUCAUUUAUUUAUAGAUGAAAUUACAUUUGCCCCCCUCAUAAUUCCUUUACCAACUGAUUUGAAAUGGAAGAAGAUUGCCAGUCAUGUAAUGUCCUCAUUUAAGGUUUAAGACAAUCUUUAAUUUUGAUUGUCUGAUGUUUGAAUUCAAUCAUGAAGGUAAUUGACUGAUGUAGGGUCUAAGUGCAUCUUAUAUUUAAGUUAUCAUGACUUAAAGUGAAGGGAUGGAGAGUAUACAUUAUACAUAUGAAGUCUCUGUAAGCGUAUUAUUUUCUGGUUGAAUUUUUUUGGCCUUCAAUGAGUAGUCCCGGAAAGGUCCUCACCAAUAAGUGAUCCAGUGAAGAUCCUUUUUAUUGCUUUUAAAUGAGUAAAAAAAGAUGUUCAUACAUAAUUGAUAUGUAUGUCAUUUUCGUGCACUGUUCUACGCAAAGAUUUUUCACGGAAACAAUAUUGCUCUAGUCUCAAGUCGCAGAGCGGAAUGUAUUCAUAGAUUCAUGUGCCUAUUGUUAAAUUGGGCACGAUGGUUGAUGCAUGGAAAUGUUAGGGUAGGAUAUGAGAGGUCUGUAUGGCAAUAGAGAGGUUAUAUUAGCAUAUUAUGUAGCUUUGGGAGUCUAGUACGCAAUGCUUGUACAAUGUAUGUAUAUCAGAAACAACUCAUACCAAAGUACUCAGAAUUUCAAAGUGAUGAUGAAAAAGAAAAAAAAAGUUUGACGAAAAAAAAAUAGGAAAAACCCAUAAAAAAUGUCAAAAAAUGUUCAAACUGAAAUUAUCAGUGUCUGAAAUGUUAGUUGUUUAAUGGAUGUUUUGUCCAAAUGAUAGAUUUGUGAUUCUAUAUUUUAAGUACUGUUUAUAAGAAAACAUGGUUGACUUUUUUAUAUUCUUUUAGUGAUACAACAAAAUUUGAGUGAUUUUUAAGAUGAUUUUGUUGUCGUUGAAGUUGUGUUUUCUCAGAUUUUUUUCGUUUCUCCAAACAUAUUGUACAUUUUGUGAGAUUGAGUAUGCUCUUUUUAGUUUCCUUUUCUUUUUGGUAAUCCAUCAUUUCCCGUUUUUAUUGGAAAUGUAAAAGUAUGUUUGAUUUUUGUGUGUGUAAGUUUUCAUUUUGACAUUUCCCCUUGUGUGUAUAGAAAAGAAUGAUUUUUUUUUUCCUAUAUGAAAUUUAAAUAUAGCUCAUACAUUUUAAUUUUUUUGUUCAAUUCUGACAUGUGUAUGUGUACAUUUAAUAGGUAUUGUAGGUGAAAGGCCUGUAGGGUUUCACGUUAAUAUAGCGUCUUGGGGUAGCAGGGAAGAUGAUAAACCAUGAUCCAUAUUUGCACUAUUUAGAAAGAAUUGUAAGGGAAAGAAUAGGGAGCGAGAUAAGGAGACAUUGAAGAUGAUGUAUUUGAUACAUGAAGUUUACAUCUUUUGUUGUAUAAUCCUGUCUUUUUUAAGAUGUUGAACAUUUAAAGGACUUCUCCCAAUCAUGGCAUGUAAUUUUCUUUGAAAAGAAAAAGAAGAAGAGAGAAAAUUGAAUUACCCAUAAUGCAGUGUUUUUGUACGUUGCGUGGGGGAUGCAAUGCAAUGGAAUUAAAUGGACCGAGAUUAUAAUGUUAUUGUCUUCUUCUCCCCAAGAUGGCUGUCUUAUAUGUAUAUUAGUGGAGAUGGUGCACACUGGACCCCAUUUAUCACCUUGUUUACAGAGGAAGUGACCCCUGACACGAGGUCAAAGGUUGAGGAGGGUCAAACCUUGUGAAAAGCACUAGUCUUUAUUUUUUUCUUUCCAUUCUGUAGAGAGAGAACACAGACUCUUAUAAUCCUGUGACGUAGUCUAUUGAAUGGUAAAUCUAUUGUAUGAUAUAAUAAGAAACAUUGUUACAUGUAUCACGAUGGUAGUUAUUCUUAUCGUAAGUUGUAUCUUUUAAAGAAGUUUUAUGAAUACUAGAUAUGAAAGUCAUUUUAAAUGUGUGAUGUUUACAUUGUAUAUGAAAUUUGAGAAAAGUUUUUGAUUCAUUAUUAUGUUCAAGUCUCAGAGAGACUCAAAUCAAAUGUGAAUACAUGAGGAAAAUACUAUUCCACUAAAGAACCAAAUUUUAGCGAUGUUUUAGGAAAGUAGGAGUAUCAAAGAGUCUGAUCGAUCCCCUCCCCAACUGUGUCCCAAGAUGACUGGAAGCGAAGUCGGAUGAUAGCCGGCUUGGGAGACAGUGGGGGAGAGGAAUGGACAUUUUCCAUUUUCAAGACUAACUUUCUUGUAGUACAUCAUUUUAUAUGAGAGAAGGAGGAGGGAGUGAACCUCAGUAUUGUACGCUAGCGCAUGGGUCCAAGACCAAGACUUCAAAAAGAAAAAUUUAGGAUGCAAACAAAAAAAAUCAGCGCAAGCAUGCGGUAAUUAGGGCUUCUUCUAAAUUCUUCUUGGAAAUGGAAACAUUAUUACAAAAACUUUGCUGGAAAGCUAAUGGAGUGACUUGUAAGCCUCUAUCCAAUACCCUUGUGUGAUUUUAUCAUCCAUUUGAAUGUUUUUAAUGAGAGGAAAACCAUUUGCGCCGCGAUCGACAAGAUCCUUUUAUCGAUCGUCACAGCUGUGGUUGACCCUCUCUCUAUCUUGUGUCUGUUGUGAUGUCCAUGUGGUGUUGACACAAGUGUGGCACUUUUUUGUGAACACCCUGUAGUUUCUGCUGCUGCUAAUGCUGCUUCUGCUAAACAAAACCAUGAAAGAACCCUUUUUGCAUUGAACUCAAUACUGGGUAGGAUGAUUCUAAGGCAUCUGGUACAUUGUAGUUGAAUUUUGUGUCAAUAAUUGUUAAAGCAUGAUUAAUUGAAUGACUAAUGAAAUGAAAUUUCCACAUUAAACCUUUGACAUCAAUGUGACUUUGAGAUAAACUAGAUAAAAUCGAUCAUGAUUCUAUUUUUUUGUAAAGAAUUGUAAUGGUAAUGGGUUAUUGAUCAACUUUGUGCCAAAUUUUUUGAAAUUAUUGAUUGACAUCUGAAAUUUUGGAAGCGGAGGAAACGGAGGAACACCUAGGAGGGAGAACAGUACUAUGGAUUGGUUGUCAUGGAAACUUAACAAUUAUGAGAUGUGAUGGUAAAUUACAGGUUACAGCGUAAUGAAUAUUGAUACAAACAUUCAUAAACUAUACGCAGAAUUGGCCUUAUUCUCAAUUGUAACUUGUGAUAAAUGGACAUGAAAUUGAGUGGCACUCCUGGUUUUAGGUGAUGAAUUUUUUGUAAAAUGCUGAUGAAUUUGUGUGAUUCCCAUUAAAGUAAUUCCACUACCAAAAAAAUAAAUGGGCAUUGGUUGAACUUCUGAAGUACUCCAGUAAAUGUAUUAAAGGAACCUUAUUAAAAGUAGGCACAUGUAAAGUUUGAAACAACUGUUUUGAUCAUACAUACACAAGUCACAAGUUUAGAGCUAUUUCAUAAUUGAUCAAGUAUCCUGAAAAAUUACAGCAAUGGUGAAAAUUAGGCUGUUAGUGAACAAUGAAGAGUCCUUUUACAUUUUUUAAUUCAGUGAGUGUUUCACCAAAAGUACAGCACUAGUAGUAGCUUUGUGGGUUGUAUAGAACACUAUCCAUAGUAUAAUAGGAAUGUGAAUGUGUACAAUCAUGUAGUAUCACCAGUAGCGAUCACUUUUUGAAAUACUUUUGAAAUACUUUAUUUUUCAAACUCUAAGAAUCAUGUACUUAAUCAAUCUGAUGUAAUUCAAUAUUCUGAUUUUAUACCCUGAUCUGUAUAGCGAGAUUAAUUUUUGUAUCAUCAAAUUCAAAAGUCAUGAAUUGGAUUUAAAUUUUGGAGGAUAUAUUUUUAUGUGAGAUAUGACUUUUUUUUCUUUUUGAGGUUUUUAAUUAUAAGAAUUAUGGUGUUAAUUGUAUAUUGAUAUGCUUGUACUUAAUAUGAUUCUUAAGCUUAUGUAAUCCUAGUUGAAUGUUAGUGUGAUUUUGUUAAAAUCUCAUAAUUCGGAUACUAUAGAAUGCCUCCCUCUCAUGUCUAAUAUUGAAAUGAGAGAAUUGGUCUAGAAAUUUUAAAGGUACAAAGGGCACAAGGUAUUUAGAUAGAAAUGGUUAUAAUGAAUUUUAAACCAUGUUGCCAAUUUCAAAAGAACAUUAGAUGAAAUUUAGUAAUUAAAUUCAACUCGGUUUAUUAUCUGGAAUUCCAAUAUUUAAUAUGUGUAGGAACUUAUGGUUGGGAGCCACCAUUUUUAAUUGUAAGUAGCGUGACAUUUUUGUAAAAAAAAAUAAUAGAUUAUUCCAAAUUAUUCUCAAUGUGUAGACUAUGAGGAAACAGAUAUCCUCUCUUAUUUACCCGGUUUGAAGUAUUUGAGGUACUUGUCUGAAAAUUAAGAAGCACUAUUGGAGUUUGUGACUCCAAAAUUGUAUCACUUUCUGUAAUCACUAUUGUCUAAUGAUAAAACAUUGCAAAAUCACAGCUCGUUUCAAGAUGUGUAAACACACAAUCGCUUGCUUUCUAACUGCAUCUCUGCGCUUUUUUUUCCAUCAAAUGUAUAUAUUUGUGAAAUAUGUUCAAAACAAUUUCACAUGCGGAAUUACACAAGGAGAAACAAACAAAAAAUUGCAUGCCUGCUGACUUUGUUUUAAACAAUGGCAGAAAUCUUUCGGGGAAACAUUUCUCAAAAUUGCGCCAGAUCUAAAUCUUACGUUGCCUGCUGUUUGUUUUUGUGUAUUUUCCCUCUUUUUUUUCCAACUCAAAAACUGCUUUGCCAAAUCAUGAAUAGUCAAACUGAAAGAAUGGAAAAAUAAUCAGAAGUGCUUGUGUGUGUUUUGUCUUUUGCUGUGUGUCUUCACCGUAAAGAACUGUGGUUGUGAGAAUUAACUACCACAUUAAACGACAUCGAUCAGAUACUAUGAAAUAUCAA